GAGCCUCCAGUAAAUCGAAAGACGAAGAAGAAGAGGUUGCGGGGCCGGUUGGGACGGUAACCCACUGUUGUUAGCAACAGUUUUCAUCAACCAAAACACAUCAUCCACUUUGGACCAGCUACACACAGGGAGGAUGUUUAAAAACACUUUCCAGAGUGGAUUCUUGUCUAUUUUAUACAGUAUCGGCAGUAAACCUCUGCAGAUAUGGGAUAAAAAGGUGAGGAACGGUCACAUCAAGAGAGUCACAGACAAUGACAUCCACUCGCAGGUGUUGGAAGUUGAGGGGGCAAACGUCAGCACCACCUACAUAACAUGCCCUGCAGACCCCAAGAAGACACUGGGCAUCAAGCUGCCUUUUCUGGUGAUGAUCAUCAAGAACCUCAAGAAGUACUUCACCUUUGAAGUCCAGGUGUUGGAUGAUAAAAAUGUCCGUCGACGGUUCAGAGCGAGUAACUAUCAAAGCACAACCAGAGUGAAGCCGUUUAUCUGCACCAUGCCUAUGAGACUGGACGACGGCUGGAACCAGAUCCAGUUCAACCUGUCCGACUUCACCAGGAGAGCCUAUGGAACCAAUUACAUAGAGACGCUGCGUGUGCAGAUCCAUGCUAACUGUCGGAUACGGAGAGUGUAUUUCUCAGACAGACUUUACUCUGAGGAUGAGCUCCCAGCAGAGUUUAAACUCUACCUGCCUGUCCAGAAUCCAAAACCAAAGUAAAAAUCAACCUGUGCUAUCCCUGGAUACCUGAAGUGGAGUUAAACUGUGAGGUUUUCUGUGUGUAGAAAUCUGAAUUAAAAUCUUUGUUGCAUUAUUAUUUUGAA